AUGACAUCAUCAUCAUCAGAAAUCAUCAUAAAAAUGUCUUACAAUUCUAAUAAUUAUACAAAAUUUGAAUAUCCUAUCGGUAUUAAUAAAACAGAUUGGAUAUAUGCUCAAGAUACAUUAAAUCUUAAUUAUUUAAAACAAAUAUUUAAUAAAUUAAGUAAAAAUUAUACUAAUUUAAAUGUAACAUCAACAAUUAUGAUGAUUAACAAUGACAAAAACUUCAGUAACAAUACUAAUAUGAACAUUAAAAAUGAUUACAUGAUGUUUGAUUCUAAUCGAAUGUUUCUUAUUAUCUUCUUCUUAUUAUUAUUAUUGAUGUUAACUAUUGUAUGUUGUCUCGCUAUUCCUUACUGUAUUCAUAGAAUAUACCAAAAAUUAAAACAACGACGAUGUUCUUAUACAUUAGUUCAUGAUAAUAACUUCACGCUGAACAAUAGUGAUACAAAUGCUGAUUUAGACAAUAAACGUUUGAAUGUUAACGUCAAACCAUUCAAAGCUAUGUUAAUUUCAACCUAUUCAAAUUUAAGUAAAAAAUAA